UCUGUUCUUUUAUCAAAGAUUCUUUUACGUUAUGUUUUUCUAUUUCUGUAAUUAUAUAGAUCGUGUUUCCGUUUUCAAUCUUCUAAUUUCUUCAUCUUGUACGUUCAAUUUUUUACUAUUUAUUUUUUAUUGUAAUCAUUAUGAUUGAACUUGUUUAUUAUACCAAUUAGAGUUUGCAUUAAAGUUUGCAAUGGUAUGCACGAAUAAAAAGGAAACCCGAAACGAAUACCAUAGAAUUUUUUGCUUCUUAACUUCGUUACUGAUUGGAAUUAAAUUCGAUAGUUCAUAAGGUUUGCCGUAAGAUGGCUCUAACCGCGUUCCGAGAGUUGUGUGUGUGUCAGGUUUUUCAGCUGAUGGCUUGUAUGUAGUCAAGAUGGCUUCCGCGGAACAAGUCGGUCUGAACAAAACUUGGGAAUUAUCACUUUACGAACUUCAUCGUACUCCUCAGGAUGCAAUUACUGACAAUACAGAGAUUGCGGUCAGUCCGCGAAGUUUACACAGUGAACUUAUGUGCCCGAUUUGUUUGGAUAUGCUUAAAAAAACUAUGACUACCAAAGAGUGCUUACAUCGGUUCUGUUCCGAUUGUAUCAUUACAGCACUUAGGAGCGGUAAUAAGGAAUGUCCAACAUGCAGAAAGAAAUUGGUCUCCAAAAGAUCUUUAAGACCAGAUCCUAAUUUUGAUCUAUUGAUUUCUAAGAUAUAUCCUAGCCGUGAUGAAUAUGAGGCACAUCAAGAGAGAGUAUUGGCAAAAUUGAACAAGUCACAUUCACAGGCUGCAUUGGUAAAUUCUAUUACAGAGGGAAUCAAAUUACAAAGCCAAAAUCGUUCUCAAAGAUCCAGAAAAAAUGCCAAUGAAUCAGAGAAUGCUAGUAACGCAACAUCUUACAAUAAUUCUCAAAAUGCCAGUGCACCAGCUACGCCAAAUGCUACGAAUGCUGCGAAUCAAAGCGAUUCUUCUCAAAGUACAACAGGACCUUUAAAUAAUAGUAGCGGAGGUACAACUUCUAGGAAUUCUACUACACCAUCGCCAAAUCCUGCAAAUCAAAUUCCAAAACCACCAAAACGACAAAAAAGUUUACAAAAUUCCGAAAAUGAUUCAUCUAGUGCAGAAGCUGAAACUGGUGGUGGUGAUUCCAUGGUAGAUACAGAGGGUGAAGGUCCUAGUGAACCCUUGAUGUUAAACGAGAUUGAACUUGUUUUUAAACCACAUCCCACGGAGAUGGCCGGGGAUAAUUCACUUAUAAAAGCGUUGAAAGAAAAUAGUAUUCGAUAUAUCAAAACAACAGCUAACGCGACAGUUGAUCAUCUGAGCAAGUACCUGGCUAUGCGACUAACAUUGGAUCUGGAUACAGAAUUAUCAGAAUCAGACAGGCUACUCAAUUUUUGUAUUUAUAUAGCACCUUCUCCCGGUCAAUUAGUGGUUUUAAGUGGAUCUCAAACUUUAAGACAAGUCAAUGAUAAAUUCUGGCGCGUAAAUCGACCCCUGGAAAUGUAUUAUUCGUGGAAAAAGACCUAGGGAAGGCCUCGGAAGUACCAAUCUGAUGGGAGCUAGUCGCGUUAAGCUCCAAAAAAUAUAUAAAAAAAAUAUAAAAAAAUUUUUAUUAUGUGGAGUACAGAAACGCGCAUUGUUAUAUCAAGAUAGACCGAUAUAUUUUACUGUACUUCAAUAGCCUUGGAUUAUGUUCAAGGAUCGAGAAAGAUAGAAAGGAGGAAGUUCCUCGUACUAGUGGACAGUGGUGCAAUUUUUCUCUUCAUGGGAGUGGUUGCUCGUUUGUUUUCUCUGAAGAGGGCAGUUAGAAGAACGAAUAGAUUUUUAAUUGAAGCUUUGUACAGCGAUUUAUUCUAAAUGCAACAGAGUUCAAUCUCGGAUACAAACUGCCAUUCACCAGAUUGCAUUGGAUUAUGAAUAGAUCAAGGGAUUUUUGUGUCUACAAACCACGAACAGCGUAUAAUAUUAUCAGAUUAUAUCCUUUUUUCACAGAUGUAAGUUAAUCCGGUGCCCCCAGUUACGAUACUUCAAGUUUAUGGCCUCGAUGGUUAAAUAACUUAUUCAAAAUAAGUCUUCGAUUCCUUGUGGACCAUUCUGUACAGAUUCACAAAAAAAAAAGAAAAAAAAAAAAAAAGAAAAA